UGUGAAAAGUGUUAUAAGUUUAAGUUGAAAACAUGAUAAAUUUUGUAUAAAAUAUCGCUUAAAUGAGUUAUAAUUAUAAGUAACAUGUGGUGUAACUUAAAGAACACGGUAAAAAUAAUUGUUUGACCAGCUUAGUAUUUAAAUACAACAUGAGCUUAUCUCAACAAUUUCUUAUACUCUCUGGCGAGCUGUGUAGUCAUCUUUAUGUUAAGAAUUACAAUAAAGAAAAAAUAAAUUCCUUGAUAGAUGAACUAAAUGCUAAACCUUACAAGGCUGAGUUAUUUGUAGGAAAGCAGGAUGCUGCUGCUCUCGUGACAUCAUUAUAUGUAAAUAUUAAACCAGUCGAUGAGUUUUUAGCAGCAAAAACAUCACAUCUAAUAAACAAUAUAGUGACAAAACAAAAUUUACAAUUUACUGGUGAAUAUUUAGGAAAUGUCAUUGCAUGGCACGUUGAUUGUAUAAAGAAAUGUUCGGAUAUUAUUUUACCUGAUAUACUGCAUAAUUUGCAAUGCAUAUUACAUGUGAAUCCACAAUGUGGACAGAAGUUCAUCAUAGAUUUGAUAGGAAAGGAUGGUCUUCUUAUUAAAAAGAUGAACAGUGACAAGUGCAGUCAAAGUCAUCAGAAUGCUAUGCAAAUAUAUUUAAUAGUAUUGAAAUGUAUUAUAAAUUUAUUAAAAAUAGAUGAUAACAAGAAAUCUGAACAAGCUGAUAUAAGUUUGGAGCUGAAAGAAGAUAUCACUCAAUUAAUAAUUAAUUUUUUAAUGAAAGGCUUUAUUAAAUCUCAUGAUGAAUCUAUUUACUGUAAGGUAAUUAUAUCGGCUUUGAGAAUUCUGUCUAAUAUAUAUUUCAAUGAUCAAAAAGUUGACUUUCCAAUGCCAGAAAUAAUGGGAUUAUGCAGACAUUUUAUUCUCUAUGGAAUCAUAAGUCAGGAUAAAAGACCCGAAAAGAUUAUGCCUGCUCAGCAAAGUAUUGCAGCUGUUCCAGUCAAGCCUAAUGCUAAAGGGGGAAAGAAACAAAAAAUAAGAAAACAAAGGAAUAAUGCAAUAGAAAGCUUAAAAAAAGAAAUUCCAGUGUCCGAUCGGAGUUUAAUGAGAGAUGUUGGCAAUUUUGAGAAUAAUUCUGCUUAUAAACCUGCUAGCCAGAACUUUUUAGAGACUCAGAAGACAAGAAAUUGCUGGGCUUUGACAAGUGAUUCGGAUAUGUCUGAUGUUGAAAAUGGAAGAGAAGCUAAACUUAUUGCAUUAAGAUCCAGAGUAAGGCAGAGUGCAGCAAAUUUAUUCCUUGUUGUUUUUAAGAUCAAAGAAAAAAAAGAUAUAUUUGGUUAUUGGUGGGCCCUUUUGCCAGAUUCACCUGAUGCUAAUAAUUGGUUGGGAGAAGAAAAAUCUAAAAAGACCCUUGCAUAUUGUGCAGUGACAGACCCUAUAGCUAGUAGUAGAGCAAGUGCCCUCAGUGUAAUUUUAACUUUACUUGCUGGUUCAAAGAUGUACCUGUCUCAAGCUGAAACUUGCAAGAAAACGAAUGCUUCGUUCACACCAUUUUCGGUAUCAGUAGGCUACAUUGUCACAUGUAUGCAUAAGAUCUUAGUUGGUAUACUGGAGUGUGAAAGGAGUCACUCAGUAAUUAUAGUAGCAUUAAAAUGCUGUGCAGCUUUGGUGCAAUCGACACCAUAUCACAAAAUGCAAGAAGGAUUGAUUGUUGAGUUGGUCAGAUCGACGCGCAAGUUCUUGAUACAUAGGGAUGUCACUUUACAAGUUGGUGCGUUAAUAACUAUAGGGUGCGUCAUAUCCAUCGAUCCUAAAGUGGACGAAGUUUUGAAGGCAUUGGAGAAAGAUACAGCGAUCGAUAAGGGCGAGAAUAAUAAAGGAGAUAAAGAGAACGUUCCUCUAAAUGACGAAUGUGAUGAUUUUGAAGAAGGCUAUUCUGAUGAUGAAAUGUUUACUGCGGUCGGAUCUACUGAACACGAUGAAAAGGAUGAGAAACUUAAUACCGAAGUGCAUUUUAAAAGUUGGAUUUUAGAUAUUUGUUUUAAAAAUAUGGGAUGGAUAUUUAAGGAUAAUGAAGUUACGAGAUGCAAACCGUCAGCGAUACCGAUAAUCUUAGAAUCUCUUCAAGUCCUAUCAGCGAUUGCAUUCCAUCAUCUACAGGAUCUUCUCAACUCACAUGUAACACUACUCGCGGACAUUCUGAGUGAAAUGCUGCAACAUGAGCACCAAGACGUCGUUUUACAGACGGCGAGACUUAUCAGUGUUAUUGGAGACGCUAUUCAGAGAUUAGAUCAACAGAAUCAAUCACUUCCUCUAAACCAGUGUCUGUACAUGUGGGAGAAACUUAUAACUCCAUUGUCAAUGGUGUUACAAAAUCAUGAAAACGUUCCCGCUAAAGCAGUCGUGUGCGACUGUAUCGCGAAUAUUGGGGAGAAGUCGUUCAAGGAAUUACCGACGCGCACGCGCCUGCUGUGCUGCGCGCUGCUGGUGGGCUCGUGCGGCGCGGAGUGCGGCGCGCUGCGGGCGGCCGCCGUGCGCGCGCUCGCCAUGGCCGUCGUCUACCGCUCGCUCCGAGAGGAUAUUUGCUUCGUGACCGACUGCGGUGAAAAUAUUCUAAGAGCUUUAGCAGAACCGACGGCGGUUGUACGAACCAAAGCCGCUUGGGCACUCGGUAAUCUCAGUGACGCUCUCGUUUUAAAUAUGGACGAACCGGAGAUAGAAGACAUUGACGAUGACCUAUUACUGCGUCUACUCGAGGUUAGCGUUCAAUGCGCCAACGACAACGAUAAGGUUAAAAUGAGCGCAACGCGCGGCCUUGGCAAUCUUUUACGAUUGAUCAAGAAUGAAAAUCUACAACGGAACACGCAAUUGAAGUCCUUAUGCGAGAAAGCAAUAGAAAAGCUUUUGGAAUGCGCAAUCAAAGUGACCAAUAUGAAGGUUCGCUGGAACGCUUGUUAUGCGCUAGGCAACGCUAUGAAGAAUGGCGAUUUAUUCACUUGUUUUAAUGGAUGGCAGAGCAAAGUCUUCCCGAGCCUGUGCACGCUAACUAAAGACUGUAAGAACCUCAAAGUUCGUAUAAACGCAGCCGUUGCGUUACGUGCGCCCGCAUUGCGCGCACAAUACGGUGACCACUACGCGUCAAUAUGGAGGGGAGUCAUGGCAGCCAUGGAAAACGCGGCUAAUGUCGACGACUUUACGGAAUACAAACACAAAGAUAAUCUUAUUGAGCAGUUGUGCGUAACUCUCGCGCACUUGUGCUGUCUACUAAAACCCUCGGAUCUAACGGAUAUUUUGGACCCACUAGUCUUCCAUUUCGAUUGUGCUAAGGGUUUAUAUAUCCAGUUGUACAACAAAUUGCCUCCAGAGAAUACUUCCUGUCUCAAAAUACUCCAAGCUGCUAAAUACGUCACAAUGGACUUUGCUCCGGAAAACGAGACCCAGAUGCAGUCUUUGGGAAUGUUACAAGACAUUUUCAUAUGGGAAGUGUGAUUCGUUAUUAAUGUAUAUACAUACGUACGUUUUAUAUAACUUAUAUAAAUAUUAUUUAUUUAUUCAAAAAAGAAUGAAAUCAUUGUUUUCAGUGAAUUUUUAGUUGCAGUAGAGAAUUAAAUAUUCUGAUUUUUGUAUGAAUAAAUAAAAUAACUUCUAAUAAAAAUUAUAAAAGAAGAUUUUAGUCUCAAUUUUUACCUUGAUCAGAAGUUAAUUUAAAUGAACUGGUUUUCGCGGACACGUUUUAUUUAUUAGAUGAAUAAUUUAUAAUUACAGUGAAUAAUGAGUUUUAUGUUCGUUCAGAAAUGAAAUUCUUUUUACAGUCUUUCUAACAAAAUAGAAUUCAAUAAACUUUCACUCUUAAAGUUAAACUUAAUAUACGAUUUUAAGCUUGAAAUUUUAUUUUAAGCUUUUGAAUUAAUAACUUAAAUUACUAAUACAUUUAACUGUAUUUAUUUUGAUAUUAUAUUCUAUAACUCCACGCCAAGUAACAUUAUUUCUGUAGUGUGAUUGUUGUUUUUUUUAUGUAAAAUUAUUUAUUUGUUAUAAUAUAAAAGAUUCGAAGCCAGUUCCGUAAUGUUAUCCAACCUGAGUGUAAUGUUUUAAAUAAAUAAGCUUUCAAUUUUAAUUUAACCGAGUUAUGCCAAAAUGUAACAACCCACGUUAUAAUAAUUUUUAAAACUUUGGUUUUUACAAAGAUUAGUUAGUUCAGUAAAGUUAGUACAUCGUUGUAUGUGUUUAAGUCUAAAAUUUUACACAUAUUUAUCUUUUUUUUGACAAUAUACCUAGUAAAUUUAUUUGUUCCAUACGUACGUAAUCAAUACGAUUACAUAAAAUUUUGUUUUUAAAACGUUUCACUACCUUGAUAACCACUUCUACUUUAAACUGCACUACCUACCUACUAUUGUACCUACAUACUUAUAUAAUAUCCAUUGUAUUUUUAGAGAUAUUCGAAUAGAGAACAAAAGACCAAAUAAGUUUUGGUACUUUUAGGAUUGUUUUUUUAAUGAAGGAAAAUAUUAUUAUUAUUCCUUAUCUUUGGCUUUGAGUUUUGACGUAAGUUAAUUAUUGUGGUUUGUUCACUUUUGCAUAAUUGAUGCAACUCGGCAAUUGUUGGUGAUUUUCCUUUUGGUUAAAUUGAAACCACUUUUACAAUAUGUUUUACAAAGUGAAAAAAUUAAAUAAGUCGCACUAUUUUUACUUUUUAAUAAAAUAGUACGCACA